AUGAACAGUACCUUUAUUCACAGUCACGAGUAGGGACCUGAGACAGGGCACACGUCUUUCAACUCGCCAUUUGUAAAGCAGCAUGAGGCAGGUGGUUGUGUUGGUGUUGUGUGCCGUGCUGGGCCUGUGUGCGGGACAGAAACCGUGCUGCACGCCUGACCAAUGGGAGGGCACGAUACAGGGGCUGCAGGGGUUCCUGGUGGACGACAAGUUAGGAACCGUGGACGGGACUGUACAGAUAUCCUACGACUUCACCAACCAGAAACUAGCACUAGUCGAGAAUCUGAACGAGACCGGGACGGGAAACAUCAUGGUCAAGGUCAUCCAGGAUUACAAGAAGGGUAAACAGUACGUCAUACGAGGCAAGUCUUGUAUGGAGUCUGUCCUGAAGGGAUUUGUAAAGCAGUGUAUACCAGACAACGCCACGAACAUCGGUUCGUUCAGUUUUGGCGGGAUGGCGCCAGGCGGGCUGGAGUGUGACGCGUUCAUGACGACAUUUGCAGGGAUGGACAACAACUACAUCAUUUCCGAUGUGACGCGGGAAGGCUGCUACCCCGUCACACAAGUCACCGUCAACCUGAUGAGGCAGCAUUCUACAGUGACGACUCAGAUUUUCACCGACAUAACGACUGGUAUAAAGGACCCCAGUGUCUUCUCUCCUCCCGAGCCACCCUGCGCUAAAAACCACCAGGUUGUUUUUGAGGACACCUCUUCGAGCUUUCAAACAGGUCGUCUAGGAGCGCCCCCUGUCUGA